CUGCGUUUGAGUGAGGGAAGCCUGCCCAGGACCGGUCCAGACAGCCCGCUUUCACCCUGCUCUUCUGGCCAAGUGCUCCCCUGAAAGCGUCGUCGCCUUUUGCUGGGUCCCCAUCCAUCGAUCCUUCCAGAGUCCCGCGUCGCGACAGUGACCGCCCUCCAAUGCUGUGUGAGGGUGGCGAGGAGCUGAAUCAUGUCAAAUCUCUGCUCCUUUUGCUCCCCCGCUGCAGCCACUGUGGAAUAUUGAUAACAGCUUGUGGCUGAGACCAUGGUGUGUCGUUCCCUGAACAGUGAUGGCCUGCCUCGUUAUCACCUCCGGCGGAUCGGCCGUAGACCUUCGCUGCCUGACGUCACCAACUGCAUUGACUUCGACAAGCGGGUGACCCUGAUUGGCCGGAACAGCAAGGUUGUUGAUUACGUUCUGAGCUCCACCCAUGAGUCGCAGAAGAGGUGUAUCUCUCGGACCCACGCUCGUGUUAUCCGCUCCCUCUUGGGUAACCAGCACCGGCUGGUGGACUCCAGCUUUACCGGCGUCUACGUCAAUGACCGGCGACUGGACGGUGAUGUGGUCCUGAGCGAAGGAGACACUGUGACAUUUGGCCAUCCCCAGAGUUGUCGAGUGGACCAAGGAGAGAGGGUGCGGCAGCCUAACUCCGAGUUUUACUUCAUGUUCGAGUUAUGUGACUGCGAGCAGGAGCGAGGCACAGUACCCAGCUGCGAGUCCACGCCUUGCAUCACGCCAACGGUCCUGGAGUUGCAGCAACACCAGCCGUCCUUGGAUGGGUGGGAGGUGCCGGCAGCUCCCUUUGGUCAGGGCAGUUCUGCAGGACGAGAAGCCAGGAGGGACUGUCACUCCACACCAGUGGCCUUGUCCUCCCAGGAGAGGAGCAGAAACGGAGCCAAAGUCAGCAUGGUGGCGGCUGCUUUCUUGCCCGUGGACGGAGUCUCUCUGCGGGGUGAGGUCCAUACCAGUGCCUCACCCUCUCCGAGCAGCGUGUCGGCCGGGAGCAGCACAGGGGCUGCAUGGGAUGAAAUCCGAGAGCCUGCGCUGGAAAUGGAUUGGGUGCGUCCCGCGGACACUGGAGCAGAGCGUGUGACUGAAGCAACCGUGGAUCGCAUUGCCACUGGGAACUUUAACGAGCAUCAGCGGAAGGGCGUGCAGAUUCAAUUCACAGAGCAAGACAGCACCCUCAGACAAGAGGCACCAGCCACUCAGAGUGCAGAGAGCUCCAUGCCACCCGUCCGUGACGCUUGUGGGGACUCAGCCUUGUCCGACUGGCAAGGUCUCCUGCAUCAAGAAGACUGCUGCCCUCACCUGAGCAGGGAGGGCGAUCUAGUGACAGGUGUCAUCUCAGGUGCUCCCCGUCGAGAUUGGGAGGAGACGGCUGUGACUGACUCUUUAGCCCCCACCGUGAAAAGCGAGGGGCGGCACAAUGCUGUGAGCAAUCCCUCGGAGGGCACCCUCGUUGAGGGCAACUCUGCACCCAAGCAUUCAUUUAGUGCCCAAAGCCUAGAAGUUUUCGAAGACCCUGACAACAGACUGAGGGGUGCGUGCCAGAGCAGAGGCGUGCCCGGUGGAAACUUCCUGCCGGAAGGUGGAAUUGCAGAGGGCACAGCAAGACGUCGAGAGAAUGAGUGUUUGAGUGGUUACCCUCAGAAAGCACUUGUGGAUCCAGCUCAUGAAGAUGAUGCGCUCUCUCAGCCCAUGGAUGUCCGGUCGACUCCUCUGGAGCAACUGACCGAAGCUGGGACAACUGCAGGCGUGAUCGCUGGUGGCAAUGGUUCGGCCUGUGAGAGAGAGAAGCAACUGCCAUCAGACAAUUCCCACCAAAGCGCCAUUGUUCUUAACUGUCCUGAAGCCACCCUGGGGGCAGAAACUUCUGAUUCUCUGCCUGGAGAUGUUUCAAGCAUACCUGCAGAACAGAUGGAAAAGGAUGUGAGUUUGAUUAACUCCGAGAUGCUGAGAGGACCUGGGAUCCUGAUGGAGUCACAAGGUCCACACAAGUUGGAGGCUGUAUCUGUGGGGCAGUCCGGGUGGGUAAAGCAAAGAAGAGAGGGAUUAUCCUUUAUGAAGGAAAUGGGAACAGCUACUGACACAGCUCGGACCAAAUGUACAACACUGGACAGUUUUGUGCCAAAACCUUCCGCAACUUCCUUUGCCUCAGAGACCAAACUCGAGUCAAAGUUGCCCGUUGAAUUGGCCGAGAACAAUGACAGUGUUCCGGUUGCCACCCUCUCAACUUUCAGCCCUUCUGACCCGGGUGAGAACAAAAGGCUGGUGAUUCCCUCCUGGAAAUUGCACUCUUCACCUGUGGGACCUCAGGGAGGAGUACAGGAUCAAGUCAGUACAGCCAUAGAUCCCACAGAAGGAGAGCACGGAUGCAGGGCACAUGGAGAGGAAGCCAGAGCCCUUGGGGAAAGUGAAACCCACAGGAAGCCACCAAGGCCUUCAACUGAUGUCGAUGUGGAGGACAUGCAAGCUCAAGGCGAAUUAAACCUGCUUGACCAAAGGGCCCAGGAGUUGGACACAGAGGAGUCGAAGGAGAUGGAGGCGGACUCAUCAUGCGGCGUGGAGGCGGGUACAUUGCGGGAGGCAGCAGAGUCACAGGAACUGGAGGUGGGUGCAUCGUGGGGAAUGGAAACAGAAACGUCACAGGAAAUGGAGACCAGAGUGUCACUGGGGAUUGAAAUGGGUGUGUCGCGGGAACUGGAGAUUGUGGAAUCACAGGAAAUGGAGGUGGAAAUAUCUCAUCAGGCAGUGAUCAGUGCACCACGGGAAAUAGAUACAGACGCAUCGCGGGAGCUGGAGACGGAAAGGUCUCAGCAGAUGGAGACUGGUGCAUCACUGGAGAUGGAGAUGGGUGAAGUCCUCAAAUCUGACGGUAACUUGGAAGGGACGAUUCACCUGAAUGCUCCUCCGGAAUUGGAGGUGGCGACUCACGGGCGAGUUGAAGGUGGGGGAAGUGUAGCUGAUGUUGAUGUAAAGCACUGUGGCCCUAAUGGGGAAGAAGAUGAUUCUGAUGCCAAGGAGGCAUCUGAGCUGAUCUGCCUCUCUCUGAAAGUUGAUGCUGAGGAGACUGGAGAGACCAUGGACAAAAGUAUGGAAGUAGACUUGGUGUCCGAAUGUGCAGACAGGGAUGUGGAUGUGGCUAACGUCACUCCAGCAGCAGUGGCGAGGAAGGUGCCUUUGCCACGUGGGGGAGCCGUCGCCUCGGCAACCAGGUUGGACUGUGAAGUUAUCAGUAAACCCAUCUCACCCGAGCCUUCUGCAUCUGCUGGCGAGCUUGUGGCGAUACAAGAGAAAAUGUUUCUCCCUGAGAGAGUGGAGACCCACUCCAAGACGGAGCUGAUAAACCCUUGCGUGCAGCCCAUCCACAGAGCUCCAGAAGGUGAAGACCACCUGCGGUUCCCGGUAAAAACACAGGAACUCGGGAACCUGUCCUGCAGGUCGGAGGCUUUAGGUACACCCAGUGCAGAGGUGGGCAGGAGUGCAGAGACCAGUCCGUUCUCAGUUCCUGAAGCAGGGAAAGGUGUGAGGAAGCCCGAUGGCGUACUGGCACACCACCAGACCUCCACACCACCUGAUCCCAUCCUCUCUGAGGAGGGAUCUGAGUCCCAAACAUUACUGAGUCUCAUCAUCCCUGAGAAGGGAUCUGAGACCCCCACACCACCAGAUCCCACCCUCUCUGAAGGAUCUGAGACCCCCACACCACUAGAUCCCACCCUCUCUGAAGAGGGAUCUGAGACCCCCGCAUCACCGGAUCCCACUCUCUCUGAGGAGGGAUCUGAGACCCCCGCAUCACCGGAUCCCACUCUCUCUGAGGAGGGAUCUGAGACCCCCACACCACCAGAUCCCGCCCUCUCUGAAGAGGGAUCUGAGACCCCCACACCACCAGAUCCCACCCUCUCUGAAGAGGAAUCUGAGACCCCCACACCACCAGAUCCCACCCUCUCUGAGGAGGGAUUUGAGACCCAAACAUUAUUGGAUCCCACUUUCUCUGAGAGGGGAUCUGAGAUCCCCACAUCACCUGAUCCCACCCUCUCUGAGGAGGGGUUUGAGACCCCACCGUCACUGAGUCCUACCGCCUCUGAGAAAGAAUCUGAGAUCCCCACACCACCAGAUCCCAUCCUCUCUGAGGAGGGAUCUGAGACCCCCACACCACCAGAUCCCACCCUCUCUGAAGAGGGAUUUGAGACCCAAACAUUACUGGAUCCCACCCUCUCUGAGGAGGGAUCUGAGACCCCAACAUCACUGAGUCCCACCACCUCUGAGAAAGAAUCUGAGACCCCCAAAUCGCUGAGUCCCACUGUCCCUGAGGGGGAACCUGAGACCCCCAUGUCACUGGGUUCUACCACCUCUGAGGGGGGACCUGAGACCCCCACAUCACCAGAUCCUACUGCCCCUGAGAAGGAAGCUGACCUCCCAAAAUUGCAGGAUUCCUCUGUGUCAGAACAGGGAUCUAAUCCUCCCCUGUCACAGAAUCUCAUCGACUGUGAGAGAGGAACUGGACCGUUUGCCCCAGGGCGUCCCACCAUCUCCAGUACCGCCACAGUGCAGGGGUCCACUGUUGCCGAAGGGGGAGCUAGCAUUCCCACCCUAGGGGAACCCGUUGUCCCUGAGGGGGUAAACAAUAUCACAAGAUCCGCGCUGGAGAUCAACAGCUUCACAUCACAGGGUCUCACAAUUACUGAGGGAGAAUCAGACAUCACUGCCCCACAGGGUCCUAGUGUCACUGUGAGAGAAUCAGACAUCUCUGCCCCACAGGGUCCUAGUGUCACUGAGAGAGAAUCAGACAUCUCUGCCCCACAGGGUCCUAGUGUCACUGAGAGAGAAUCAGACAUCUCUGUCCCAUAUGGUCUUAGUGUCACUGAGAGAGAACUGGACAUCACUGCCCCUCAGGGUCCUAGUGUCACGAGAGAACCGGACGUUACUGCAUCUCAGGGUCCUAGUGUCACUAAGGUGGGAUCAGACAUCACUGCCCCACAGGGUCCUAGUGUCACUGAGGUGGGAUCAGACAUCUCUGCCCCACUGGGUCUUAGUGCCACUGAGAGAGAAUCAGACAUCUCUGCCCCACAAGGUCCUGGUGUCACUGAGAGAGGGUCAGGGAUCUUUGCCCCAUAUGGUCCUAGUGUCAUGAGAGAACUGGACAUCACUGCCCCUCAGGGUCCUAGUGUCACUGAGAGAGAACUGGACAUCUCUGCCCGACAGGGUCCUAGUGUCACAGAGGGGGAAAUCAGAGUCUCCACAUCACCUGCUGCCAAUAUGGAGGAACAUUUUGGGAGGAAGGCCAUAGUACUUUCUGGUUACAAGGGUGGAAGUGAUCCUCAGUUGAACCAGACCUUGCCGGGUAGUGAAACCCUUCCUUGUGACGGCUUUCCAGUGGCCGAGAAGACGACAGUAGAGCAGAAGGUGGUGGCAGAUGAUCCCCACUGGCCCAGUGGCAUUAUUCCAGAUGAGUGGCUCCUGUCUUGGGACGCACAGUUGCACUUGAGCACCCCGCCUGCAGGGGGGCUGGCGUUGAGUGAGCCUGAGAAGCAUGAAUCAGCUUCGAGCAAGGUGGGCGCUUCCUUGGCGGCAGGGUUGACCGACCAGCCAGGGCAGUGUGUGGCCGGCGCUGGAGAGGGAAAGCAAGUCGGAACGAAUGAGUGCCAGGGAUCUGGGGCUUCCCCGUUCCCAUCGGGUGUCGUGGGAGCGGUGGGAGGCAGUCCAGCGGAUCCUGGUGAUCUCCAGAGGACUGAAUCUCAAGAGGAUGCAAAGGAGGAAGGAGGGAGGCCCGGGGAGCUGGAGCCAGGACUUAGUGACACAGUGAUCGGGCACCUGGAAUGUCACAUCGUGGACCAAUUGGAAGCACCUUCCACAACUGAAGUUGGAGGAGAGGAUGCAUUCUCUGGGAUUGAACAGAUGGAAGACGAGCAAAGCGGAAAGGACCACGUGUUUGGCGGCUCAGAGCAUGGGUCAGUGCAGAGCAGUGUGCUGUCGUCCAGUGACCUGGCUGCCCCUGGGUGUGUGCUGAAAACAGAACUAGGCCAGGUGUGUCCCAGCGAUCCACACACCCGGGAGGAUAGGAGGUUCCAGCCUUCAGUUACUCAUUUUGCCAGCGCUCAAAGUUCUGUGUGGGAUACCAAAGAGGAGAGAAACAUCUGCAAGGCAUCGACUGCUACAGGAGUGAAGCUCAUUCCUGGGGGCUCGGACAAUCGGGGACUUGUGGACGAGAGGUACGGGGAAGCAAAUGGACCUCGAGCUUCAGGACCAUCACCUUCGCAGGUACAACAGGCUUGGUCAUCUGGAAGACAGAAGGAGCCGCCUCACACACCACCUGACCCUGACGGUCAGCUCCAGGCCUAUACCGAGGCAAUGUCAGCUUCAAUGUCGGGAAAACCCCAGGCAGAGGUAAAAAAGGGAGUGGACGCUGCAGAGGGGACUCUGGGUGAGAAAGGACUGUGUGUGCUGGAGGAUGGCAUUGGAGCUGUUAAGACACCUUCACAUUACUCAGACCUUGCCCAUGACACGAGAGAUAGGACCCAAAGCUUGCAACUGCAGCUUACACCAGAAAAGCCAGAAGAAGACACUUCGAAAAAGUGCAGAACUCCAGAUAGAGAAGGUGGGCGCAUGGACACUUGUGAGGCUAGGCAGGUGGGCGAGAGAACCGACUUGGCUGGAGAAGGAAAAGAAUCUUUGUUCCCUGAGGCGUCAUGUCAGGCCAAAUCCAUGGCUGCAUCUCUGGAUGGUGUAGAAUCAGAAACAAUAAAUGUGGCUCACCAAGACUGGGGCAAGAAUUGGGUUGAAAUUGCAAGCAGAAUUGGUGUGGAGUUGGACCCUGGAGAUGACUCCAGUCAUGUCAAACUGAACCCAGAGUGUCCAAACCCACAGCACUCUGAGAUUAAGUUGGAGGAGGAGGACUUGGCAGGCAACUGGAGGUCAAAUGGCUCAAGACAUCUUGGUUCUGUAGCACUAAAGAGACCUUGUGAAAGUGAGCUAGCAGAUUCCAGUUCCAGUUUUGCCCCCAGUAAAAGGAAGUGCACUGAUCAGCUGAAAGGGCCAGGGGAGCUCCACUCUGAGAGGAGAAUAAAUCUGAGUCUGCUGUCCUUCUCCAACCAGCUGAAGCAGAACCGAGCCAACUACAUCGGCAGGAUGGUCCGCCAGUUCUUCGCUGAGUACAGACCACCUUGGGAGCACAGGGUUCCCAAGCUCGCUGUGGUGAACCGGCAAGGUGAGGUGGCGAGAAUUGUUAAAGACUUCUUCAAAUCUCUCAGCGUCCAGUGCAAAGCCGAGGCGGUCGACGGGCCUCAGCACAGCAUGACAUCCUCCGGCAGCAGUCAGCGACACAGCCACUCAGGCUCAAAGUCAGGGGAAGACCAGAUGGAAGUGUCUGAGAACCAGGAAAGGCAGCUUGAGAGGCUCUGUGAGAUUGGUCCUCCUGGGCCUGCCCUUAUGCAUGUGACUAAUGAUACUAAGGCAACGGUCUCCCAUCACGCGUCUGGUGGGAUAAGUUGGCAUGAUCCUGAUGCUGGAGACAUGGAAAUAUGCCUUCUGCCAGAAGACAGUGACGUGACUCGGGAAUCGGAAGCUGCCCAGGAAAAUAGCUGGGGUGCAACCCCGGACCUUCUCAACCACUCUCCCCGCCUCGGUCAGAACGCAUGUGGCAUCACCCAGCUAGAGGAGAACUCUCCAGUUGAGGACUUAGAGACUCCCUUUUGCUCUACUCAAGGCAGAAAGAUUUACACAGAGGCUCCCAGCCCACCCCAGGUAGGACCCAUCGCCCUCCCUUGGUUUCCUUCCAUCACUGAAUCCCCCAAGGUGCCAGGGCAUGACGGAUGUAAUCAACGCCAGAGCCUGACGCUGAAAGGGACUUCCUCUAAUGUCAGUGGAACUGAGGAGAUGGUUUGUGAUGGAAGGGACUCUUUGUUAUUGAAAGCACCUCAUACACCUCUGAAGCCAAGUAGCUGCAUCCUUGUAGACAAUGUUGAGGAAUCCUGGACAGAUCGGAGUCCUUUCCGCCCAGCUGAGCGGACCGCUGACUUGACUAGGGAUGAUAGAUCCAGUUCAGGUAUGUCGGCUUGCUUACCUGCCCUGGGUCGGGACAGUCGUCCUCCCAACCUGACAGACCCCGGUCAGGUGAUGGAACGUGGCAACCCUUUUCAGAGCCGUGAAGGCAUGAACAGUCUUGGUGUAGUACAGCCGUCAUCUCCUGGCUGCUGUAGGCUGGCUCAGUGCGACAGUGUGGAUGGUCAUUAUGCAGCCCAGUUAGGUUGUAGCAACAAUGAGACCGAAUCUGACAGUACAGGAGAACCUCCUGCCCCUGACGACACUCAUCUGGGUUGUAGCGAUGACGAGAUUGAAUCUGUCAACCUGGCAGAAUUGUCAGCCCUCAGUGAUAAUUUUCACGAUCGUACCAACAAUAAAUUGGAAAGUGUCGAUGUUGUGGAACCAGCUCUUCACCACAGGAGCCUUCAGGAAAGUGACAGUGACAUCAGUCACAGUGUAGCACAACCUGGCAGCAAUGCCUUGGGUUUUAGUGACAAAGAGACUGAGUCUGUUAAUGCGAAAGGACAACCGGCUGAUAGUGACACUGCUCUUGGUCUUAAUGAAGAUGAAUCUGAGCUUGGUAAUAGUGUAGAACCAUCAGCUCUGGACAGCAGUGAUCUGGGUUGUAGUGACAGUGUGCAUCAACCUGAUCGUGUAACAGAGUUAUCAGGUCUCAGUAACAAUGUCCUGGCUCUAAGUAACGAUAAAAUUGUAGGACCAUCAGCUCAUGACGACAGUGAUGAUGAAGUUGAACCUGUUAAUAUUGCAGAAACACCAGCUCUCGACAGUAAUGACCUGAGUUGUUGUGACAGUGUGGUUGAACUUGUUGGUAUAACAGGAUCGCCAGGUCUUGAUAACAACAUCCUGGGUGGCAGUAAUGAUGAAACUCAAUCUGUUAUUACUGUAGAGCUCCCAGCUCUGGAUAGCAGCAACCCAGGUCGUAGUGACAAUCUGGUUGGAUCUGUUGAUGUGACAGAACCACCAGCUCUUGACAAUGAUCUGGAUCAUAGCGACGAUGAAACUGAACUUGUUAUUUCUGAUGAGCCACAGGCUCUGGACGACAACGAUCUGGGUCACGGUGACGAUGAAACUGAACUUGUUAUUUCUGCAGAGCCACAAGCUCUGGACAAUGAUCUGGAUCACAGUGACGAUGAAACUGAACUUGUUAUUUCUGAUGAGCCACAGGCUCUGGACGACAACAAUCUGGGUCACAGUGACGAUGAAACUGAACUUGUUAUUUCUGCAGAGCCACAAGCUCUGAACGGCAGUGAUCUGGGCCGUAGUGACAAUGUGAUUAAACCUGUUAAUGUAGCGGAAUCAUCAGGUCUCAAUGACGACGCCCUGGGUCUUAGUAAUGAUGAAGCUGAACUUGGUAAUAUUGCAGAGCCACCAGCUCUUGACGAUAGCGAUCUGGGUCAAGGUGAGAAUGAAGCUGAACCUGUUGUUACUACAAAACCACCUGCUUGUGAUAGCAAUGCCCUGGGUCAUCGUGAUGAUCAGAUUGAGCCUGUUAACGUUGAACGGUUAUUCCCCCACUGCAAUAAUCUAAGUCACAGCAACAUGAAGAUGGAAAGUGAUGAUGUCACAGAAAGGUCAUCUCUCGACGUGGGUGAUAACGCCUGCUCUGUCGAUGUGUCAGCACUUGGCCAGGGUUCUCCAGGCAGCCUCGCAGGUGUGGGGUCAGCAGCUGCUCUCGAACGUUCAACGGAACAGCAGGGACUCUCUGACGGUCUUUCAGAUGCUGGAGGUUGCAUUGUGCGGAGUGUGGCCCCUGGUGACCAUGCAGUACCGGGACAGAGUCACAGAAAAGGCUGGGAGCUGCCAGACUCUCACAGCCCUGACCAGGGAGGAACAAUGGGCUGCAGGUCAUCAAGGGAACAUGAGUCUGGUGUAGAACAGUCCCCCAGCUGGCUUACCAGCCAGCCAGCCAGGCUACAGCUCAAAAACCCUUUGGGGACGACAGCUUGGAGCACCAUCAUGGAGGAUCCAGCCUUGGCCCAGCUGAGGUGGGGAGGUGGUCUUCGUGUGGGAAGGACCAGCUCAGAGAAGGCAGCACACCUGGAGACACCUGGAGAACCUGUAGCCUGCCGAGAGCCUCUUGCAGCAGACGUGAAGAUAGAGAGAGACGAUGUUCCCGCUGAAGGGGUGGACGCUAGCCCUCUUGACCACGUCCCACCCAUCAGUGCGCCAGUGACCAGGAACUAUCAGUACCUCUCCCCCUCGUUGACAGAAAUCCGGGCUCCUCCAGGUACCCAGGGCAGGGACCGGCCAGUUCACCCGGCCAUGGACACUACUAGGCACGAUGCUGGGGGUGCCAAGCAGGUUGUCCCCUGCGGCUGGCAUCCUCCGUCCAGUGGUCCAGACGCUCCGGUCUGUCACCCGGCACUAGCAGCUGACCACAGCAUCUUGUCAUUGACCAGCAGGGGGGCUGGUGACCCAGGUGCCAGGGCGGGUAUUGCCAGCACCUCACCGAGCAGUGGAAUUCAGUCGAAGAUGAAGCCCGUCAAAAAGGAAAGUGGGAGCGGCAGGGAGGCUGGUGACCAUGCCUGUGGGCAGUGGUCAGUGUCUGGCUGCUUUACCGAGCCUCCUGCAGGCUUUGCCUCCCACUCGGGGACUCGCCCUGCUACCAACCACUGCCCCACACUGCCCGUCCCCCAGAGGGGCCUGGGGUGGUGUCCCGCCGCUGGCCAUCCUGACCUGUGGCAUUCCACCUCCCCUCUCACCAAGGUCCUUCGCCCCCAGAGCCCCCCCACCAGAACCAGGUGCAAGUCUGAGGCCGGCCUCCUCUCCCCUUCCCAGUCCCAGUAUCCCCUGCCUCCCACAGAUUGCCAUGAGGGGAGGAGCCCGCGUCGGCGUCUUUCCUGUGGAUUUGACGGUGACAGGUUGUUCCCGCUGGCUGAGACGGUGUGUUCUCGUGAUUUGGAGGAGCGGCAGAGUUCUCAGCGGAACAUCUAUAACCUCUCACCCGGCCCCAUGAGAUCCGAUGUGGCGGGGCCACCUCCCAGCCAAACAGAAUUCCACCUGUCCCAGAGCGAGCGCAAUCCCUGCUCUGGCCGGAAUCCUGCUGGGCACGACAUGGCGGCCGGAGCCAGCUGUUCAGAAGGGAUUGAUGAAGGUCCCCAGAGAUCGGAGUUCGUGGCACACUGGGGCAGAAAGGACAAGGAAGCCUCUCAGCCUUCAGAGUGCGACACGGGUUUUGUCCCACCAUCACUGGUGCAUUGCUGGGCUAAAUCCGACGAGGACAUCAGCUUCCAGCUGAAGGAGUGCAGCCUGCUGCUACGGGACAUCUCUGAGGCGCUGGAGGCUGAGGGGGUCGCUGAGCAGCACGUGUCUGAGUGGAGGGAACAGAUAAAGGAGCUGCAGGAACAGACAGUGCCUCCUCUGACCUAUGUGGCUGUGGUGGGAGACACAGGAUCGGGGAAGAGCAGCCUGCUGAACGCCCUGUUAGACGAGGAAGGUGUCCUGCCCACGUCGGCCAUGAGAGCCUGCACAGCCGUAGUUGUCGAGGUCUCCCACAACGCCAGCUCGCGCUGCUACAGGGCUGUCAUAGAAUUCUUCUCUGAGGAGGAAUGGAAUAAAGAGCUGCUCGCGCUGCUCAGUGACAUGACUGACAAGAAGGGGCGACUGAAGAAACGGCGACCGGACCCUGGUUCCGAGGCCAGUGUGGCGUACAGCCGUGUCAAGGCGGUCUACGGACGAGUUCUCCCGUACCCAGAGCUAGCGCAGAUCCGGGAAGUCACCCAGUACCUGGGGACAACAAAAACCAUCAGCGAAGUGCAGGUCAAUGAUUUCUGCUCCAAAGUGCAACCCUACAUUGACUCCCGCAACGAUUCCUCAAACAGCAGGGGUGGAGAGUUCUGGCCCAUUGUCAAGAGGGUGCGUGUCCAAGUGCCUAACUCGCCAGUGCUGCAGACUGGCGCGGUCUUGGUUGACCUGCCCGGCGUCAGGGAUUCCAACGCCGCCAGGAACUCCGUGGCCAAGGAGUACCUGAAGACGUGCAACGCGGUGUGGAUCGUUGCCAACGUGACCCGAGCGGUGGACGACAAGACGGCCAAGGAGACACUGGAUGAGAGUCUCCGCAGGCAGCUGCUAAUGGACGGUCAGUUUGGCUGCAUCGCCUUCAUCUGCACCAAGACCGACUCCCACAAUGUCACUGAGAUCAUGAGAGCUCUGUCUAUGACUGACGCCUGCAGCUCCCUGGAAGCUGAGAUUGCCGAGUUGAGGGAUCGAAUUGACCAGCAGCAAGCGAACCAAAAGGCCUGGAGAUUGGAGCUGGAAUGCGCACAAUCCAGCAGCGAGAAUGGAAAACGGGCCAAACAGCUGGAACUGGCUAUCAAACAGCUGGAAGUGGACUUGACUCAUCUCCGCCAUGAGGAGGGCGUGAAGCAGAGGGAACUCUCCUUGAAUGCCAUCAGGGCCCGAAACUACUUCUGCAAGCAAAAGAUUUGCCUCAAUUUCAAGCGAGGACUGCAGGAUCUGAAGUGCCAAGUCAUAAAUGAAGAUACAGAUUCUGAUGAGGAUCAGGAGGAAAGCGAUGAGACAGAGGAAGAGGAGGAGGAGGAUGUAUGUGAGGUGUAUCGCUCGAUGGCAGACGGACCGGGCCCAGACCCUCCCAUGGACACACAACUGCCCGUGUUCACGGUCAGCUCCACCGAGUACCUGAAGCUGAGGGACAAGCUUCAGCGUGAUGGUCCCCCAAGGGUCUUUCACAACAUCGAGGACACAGAGAUUCCCGCUGUGCAGAGAUUCGUCCAUCGGAUCACGCUGGCCAGACGAGCGCUGGGCGCUGAGGUGGUCAUCCGCAAGUUGGCCACCUUUGUCAGUCACGUCGUCAACUACCUGACGAAUCGCAGAGCCCAGAGUGUCUCCCUCCAGGCAAAGGUGCGCGAGGCAGUACGACACUGUCUGUUCCGCGUCCGAGAGAUAUUCCAGCAGGCAGCCGAGGAUUGCAGCCGGAACAUCGAGGGCUCAUUUGCAGAAAUCAAGACACAGCUGAGCUUUGGGAAGAAGGUGGCGUUGAAGACCUGUUCGGACACCGUCCUGCGCUGGGGCUCACGGCCUCCCAGUGGUCUUCCCUACCCAACCUACAAGGCAACGUGCAGUCGUAACGGGACCUUCUCGUCCCCUGCUUGUGGAGCCGUCGACUUCAAUGAGGAGCUGAGCCGACCGCUGCUCACCCCUCUUCAGAUGGUCUGGAACGAGCAAUUCAGUAUCCUCAUCCCCCAGCACCUGGGGAGAUUUAAAGUUGACGUCCUGGAGAAAUUGGAAUAUUUCUUCUCUGAUUUGCUGCAGCGAGUGAGGCAGAUUGAAGGCGACAUUCGGCCGGUCAAUCAUAUUCGGUGGCAGCAGCUCUCAGCAGUCCGUGCCAAGCUGGAGAACUUUGCCAUCUUGCUCAUGAACGACAUCUCUGAUCGCCAGCGAAGCAUCUCCCGUAUCCUUACUCCGUCCGUGCAGACUGGGAUGAUGCGAGCCUACUCGGUGUGCGCAUCAGAGCGCGGUCCACGCUGCUUUGACCGGAUGAAAUCCCAGAUGGAGAAGUACGUCCACGAGGAGAAGGAUCAGCUCUUCUCCGGUGCCUGCCGCAAGCUCACAGACCAGCUGGAUCUCUUAAAGCAAGAAAUCCACUCUCGCCUGAAGCAGUUUCUGGAUGAAAUCUGCAAUGAAUUAUCGGUGCAGUUUGAACCGGUCCUGAAGCCAUUGCAGAUAAUCGAUGAAAUUAUCCCCAAGCUGAUCGGAAUCCGUAAGUGGAUGACGACUGUGUGUGCGCGAUCCCAGGUGGACUUCAAUCUGCCCAAGAUUGAAGAGAGCGACGAGGAAGCAGAGCCAACCACGAUCCUGAGGAAGCCAGUAGCAUCUGAGUCCUCGCCACUCCGGGAGCUGGAGAAAUUCCUGGGGAAAGUCAAGAUGAUGAAAAUAAAUCAAACGGAUGUAAAUCCGACAGAUCUUGUUGAGAUAUCGGCAGAUGAAGUGGUUCUCAAGUAUGAAGAGCACUCUGCCCCCCACGAGGAACGUGUUCCAUUCCAUCUCCUCUCUUCCUGCGAGUUCUGUGUCAGCAUGCCCUUCCUCAUCCUGACCCACAGAUGGAACGGCGAGGGCAUGGAGCGGACAGAUGUGGUAGUCUUGGAUGAAGAGCGGAGGUCCUCACGGUUUGCCCAGUGGAUGGAGGCUCUAAUGGUUCGGUGGCAGUCGCAGCUAGUGUUCCGGCGUCUCGAGCUGCAGCAGGGCAUCCAGAGACUGCAGUCUCUGCGUGUCAUAUACCAGGGCACUGAGAAGGUGCCGAAUGAAGAGGAAAUGUUGUUUAAUUGGCCGGGGUCGAAUGCGGAUGCCUCAACCUCAACCUCCUCCUCCUCCUCCUCCUCUAUCUAUGUCGACAGUUUCCGUCAGAGCAGGAAGAGGCCGUGGUGUGAGCUGGAUCGUCAGGAAUUUCCUCCUUGGGGGCAGACUGUGCAGCUCAUCAACACGGAAACCCAAACACGGCCCCCCGUAUUGAAGAAAGAGAAGAGGGACUGCGUGGACUCUGGCCUCACUCUGGGCUGGGAAUGCAGGUCGGAGCCUCCUGUGUUAGAGAAGCAAGACUGCAGGUACCCCACAAAGAAAGACUUCGACAAUGCCUAAGCAGUAUAUUCAGCCGCACGUCCACUCUCUGGAUCCAAGUGUGACCACGUUAACCCUGUGUGUACCGGAAGGCAGCCUCCUUCAUCCCAGGCCCGUGCUGGGCCGAUGUUUCUGCAAGGGCCCUGCACUGUUAUCGCUGUGGCAGGGCGAAGGGGAAAUAAUGCCGUGUUAUUCUCGAGGGCUUGGUUCUGGCUUCAGCUUGCCAUCAGCAGUACAUUACCAAACUCCUGAAUCUCAUCCAGUAAUGGUGAGGAUUUUUUUCUGCUUCUGCCCGUCUGCUGGAAGAGCUCUGCAGCAGGAUCCCAGGUCGAACGGGAAGACAGUAACGUCCUCUGGCAGUGAGGAGCACUUGUUCAGUUUUCGAAUUUUUACUUUUUCGUACUUUACAGUUUUCCUUUUUUUUUGGGCUCUGCUGUGAAAGAAAGGAGCAUGUGAUUGACAAAUAAAAACUCUCAGUUAAAUUGAUCAAAAUCCCUGGUUGUAAUGGCUAACACGAGGGGGUGCAGCUUUAUGGUGCUUGGAGGUAGGUACAAGGGGGAUGUCAGAGGUAAGUUUUUUUUACACAGAGUGGUGGGUGUGUGGAAUGCAGUGCCGGUGGAGAUGGAUACAUAGGGUACUGUACCUGGAGCUUAGAAAAAUAGAGGGCCAUGUGGUAGGGUAAUUCUAGGCAGUUUCUAGAGUAGGUUACAACAUUGUGGGCUGAAGGGCCUGUAAUGUGCUAUGGAUUUCAAUGUUCUAAUACUCAUUUAUGUAAACAAAGGGUUGGGGGCUGAAUAUUUUUACAAGGGACUGUACAUAUAUAACAUGUAACAAUUACAGCACGGAAACAGGCCAUCUCGGCCCUUCUAGUCCGUGCCGAACUCUUACUCUCACCUAGUCCCACCGACCUGCACUCAGCCCAUAACCCUCCAUUCCUUUCCUGUCCAUAUAGCUAUCCAAUUUAACUUUAAAUGACAAUAUCGAGCCUGCCUCUAUCACUUCUGCUGGAAGCUCGUUCCACACAGCUACCACUCUCUGAGUAAAGAAGUUACUCAUGUUACCCCUAAACUUUUGCCCCCUAACUCUCAACUCAUUUCCUCUUCUUUGAGUCUCCCCCACUCUCAAUGGAAAAAGCCUAUCCACGUCAACUCUAUCUAUCCCCCUCAUAAUUUUAAAUACCUCUAUCAAGUCCCCCCUCAACCUUCUUAA